CAUCGAGGGUCCCCUAUCCGAGUCGCAUAUCGAAGCUGGCUCCUGGGUCUCUCGGUCCCAAGUGGAGUAUAGAUCAAGGCGCGGACGCUGGUUUACGAAGGCGACGCGAACAGCCGGGGACUUUCUAUUGUCUCGCCGCGAGUUCGAAAUCUUCGUGUGUUAACGAGUGCUAAUGGCGCUCCGGUGAGCUAACCAUUGGCGAACUGUCAAGUCCUUCCGCGCAACCCUCUACAAGUGCGCCAAUCCAGACACCUUCUGUGAAGAAGAAGUAAGUGGCUCGGCGUUGUCAACAGUCAGUGUUCGUACUCCGUUCCACGAGUUCCACGUAAAUCACUCUGCCAGUUCCGGAAAAGAACUACUCGGAGUCUUCCGCCCGAAGAGCGAACCCCUGGCCGACGAAACUUCCCGGGCCAGGUUCAAGGCCGUCCGAGCUGCGCACAUCACCGAGAGGUUCGUCGCAAGCUCAGGCUUUCGAGGUGAAACUCUGACACCACGGCGGUACCAUCCGUUUGAAGCAAAGCCGGAGUUCGCGAAGAGAACUGCGGGCACUUCCGAAAACGGAUCCCCCCGAGUUCGCCUGGUUCCAGAGAAAGCUUUCGUUGACCGGAUUGGCACACUACGAUGGCUCGGCAGACGGUCGCGGCGGGAUUGCUCUGCACGGCACUGUUCCUGGCGCUGGCCAGCACUCGCGCGGGUUGCCGGGCCAUGCCGGUCCGGCAGGCGGCCGCAGCAUCGACGGUGGACACUGGGAACACCGUAGCCGCCGCGAGCAACUGCACGAAGGACUCGCGUGCCAAGGCCAUUUGCGACGAAUGCAUCUACGUGACCGGGGCCAGGGAGUCGUACGAACCCUGCUGCGCGAACCUCAACCGGUUGCAGGAGUACUGCGAGCACUUCCUGCGCUACUCGCCGGACUCGAGCGUCAACGAGACCGCCGCCAGGGAGCGCCGCCGGCUCUGAGCGACCGAGCGGCGAUAUGCCGAUGUGUACUACCUGUGAGGUUCGGCGAAAGCCGCUCGUCGAAUGCUGCAAAUGUGCUGCAACUAUAGUGCUGGACGAGCUUCGACGGCAUCUCACUCCCACUCAAUAUGAAGUCAAUGUUGCCAGAACUCCCACUAGUUUCCAUCGUUGCCGUACUCUUUCACACACACA